CCACAGGUCACUCCUUUUCUUUUUCUCUUUGAAUCGAAUCACACCUGCUCCAAUCGCCUCUAAAUAACAACCAUGUCUAUGGCUAAAAUUCGUUUGCGGCAUCCGAGGGGACAGUCAACAAUCGACAUCGACCUCAACUCUGCAUCAGUGCAGGAUCUGCAGCAACAGAUCCGUGCUAUAUCAGACGUUCUUCCGUCGCAGCAAGAAUUGAAGUAUGGAUACCCUCCUCGCCAACUUACCCUUGUACCAGAGUUACCCGUCUCAAGUCUUGGGCUUAAAUCUGGUGACCAAAUUAUCUUGACGCAAGGAGCCGUGACUACAACCACAGCCGCACAUGACCCGGCACCUCCAAACUCAACAGCGUCGAACUUAUCAGCGCAAGCUACUGCUUCCCGAUCAACUCUUACCCCGCCCCUGCAAUCUGCUAUGAGCUUCGAAGCCAGUCAAGGAGGACCGGACUAUGUACCCACAGACGCAGGAAUACUGGUGCACCGUGUUGUACCAGAUGAUAACUCCUGUUUGUUCAGCUGUAUUGCACUAGUGUUCGAACAGGACAUUGGCAAGGCCCAGGCUAUCAGGAAGACCGUAGCCGACGCUAUUCGUCAGGACGCCGAAACUUGGACUGAAGCAAUGCUUGGUCUACCAAGAGAGCAGUACAUCCAAAACAUUCUCAAACCAUCGUCAUGGGGCGGAGCCAUCGAGUUGUCCAUCCUCGCCAAGUAUUACAGCACCGAAAUCGCCUCAAUCGACGUCGAGACUGGCCGGAUAGACCGGUUCGAACCAACAACGGGCAAGGCAUCAACCAGGUGUAUUUUAAUUUACUCAGGAAUACAUUACGACGCAGCGUCGAUCGCACCGAUGGUAGAUGCCCCACCAGACUUCCAUCAGACGGUCUUCCCGAUUGAAGGGGAGGAUGCACAAACCAAUAACGUGUUGGGUGCAGCGAGUAAGCUUGCUGAUAAGCUAAGAGCGAAAAGAGCGUAUACCAAUACCGCGACGUUUGACUUGCGAUGUGAGAUAUGCAAAGCAGGCCUGAAAGGAGAGAAAGGUGCACGAGAGCAUGCUAUGCAAACUGGACACACAGCGUUCGGUGAAUACUAA